GUUACAGAAACGUUACAGGCCUGAUUUACUCAUCGAAGACGAUGGAGAAAAAUAUCCGUCGGGACUGCUUGGGACAUAAUUAUAAUGGAUAUCUCAUCGACCAAGGAAUCAAAACUGGUGUUGCCGUUGCACCAACAAAGACAGUACGUUUUGUUGUAUACACCUUGGUAUUUUGCGUCGUUUCAACGGCAGUUACCACAUGCGUGGUGGUAUAUCUAGGAAUUGAAAAUUCUAAAAGAGAAAUGGAAUGUCGACAAUUGCAACAAAACUUGGAUUUUCUAAAACAAAGGUUACCCGUUGCAGAAGAUGGUAUAAUAACCAAAUCGAUGUCAAAGAGUACUGUUAGUUUAUCUGUGCCGAAUCGCAGCAAUGAAAGAACAUCACAGCAAACCUUUAAAACAAACAAAAGAAGGAAAUCGCCAAAACGAAAUACAAGGAAAAAACUAUCUAAGAUGAAAUUUAAUAUUUGGAGUGAGGAUUCUUCUGGUUCAAUUGCUUCCGAUGUUCGUAGAUGUUUAGCUAGAAUACAGAAUCUCGAAGAACACCAAACCGAACUCAAAAAUUCUCAAAGAUUUUUACGGGAACAAAUGGAACGUCGCCUAGCAAAUGUUGAGAACCUAGUCCACAAGAAGAAUAAAAAUAAAAAACGUCUACCCGCGUUUUCCUCAAUACUUUCUGGUAGGCUGACUCUUGAAAGUCAUGAAAUUCGCAACUACGACCUGACAAGACUUCUUCAUUUUGAUCACGUGCUCAUGAACGAAGGAUCUGGCUACGACAACUCAUCCGGCCAAUUUGUUUGCCCACUAAAGGGAAUGUAUAUUUUUCACCUUUUAGUCACGGUGACCAACGAGAAUACGGUUUCCGACAAAACGGUUCCAAUGAGCAAGUGUACCAUAUCAAUUGAAAACAAUGGAGUGGGCGUAAUUCAAUCAAAGGCAGAUAAUGUGAGAAAAUCGAACUUCAUUGGUUACGAAACAAUCAACCUCAUCCUGGUUAAACGAAUAAAUAAAGACGACGUUGUUCAGACAUCUGUGAAAGGUGACUGCAUUGGUAUGAAGAAUUCCUAUUUCCAGGGGUAUUAUUUGCGACAAUGACACGAUAGAAACCAUAUUCAAAAAAGAAACAAAUCUACUUUCUGAGUUUUUGUGUGAACGUUAUAUAUUGUGCUUACCAUAUUUUAUCGACGAUAAAAAGUUUUUAAAUGCACAUGAUUACAUAUAAUGCGAAUG